AUGGCAGACCUAGUCUCAGGAAUUUCGAAGCUGAACCCUUUCUCGAGGACAUCGAAAGUUGACGAUGAAGACAAGGGCGAGGCUAUUGACGCCAAUACCGUUGCUGGGGGCGGUCUUGCAUCGCGAAAAUCACAUAUCACCAAAGAUAGUCUCCGUGUCAGCAAGGCGCUGAAAGAAGUUUUGUACAAAGAGAACGUGUUGUCAAAAGGAGAAGCUGGCAUGGACUCAGAGCAGCAGUCGACGGCACUGAGGGAACUACUCGACAGAAGCCACAUCAAGGUCCCACCGGAGGUCACUGACCGCAGCCAUCCACUGCCGGAGUACUUCAUCAGCUCCAGUCAUAAUACCUACUUGAUGGCACACCAAUUAUAUGGCUCGUCUGACGCUUCGGCGUACAGAAUCGCUUUGCACACCGGGUCCCGCUGUUGCGAGAUCGAUGCGUGGGACAACGACGACAAUCCUGAGGAACCCAAAGUCACACAUGGCUAUACAUUGGUAUCUAACAUCCCUUUCCGUACGGUGUGCGAGACCAUCCGUGAUGUUGUGGACAUGGAGAUUGCAGACGGAAAAGAUGCUGCGCCAAUCAUGAUUUCGCUUGAAAAUCAUUGUGGUGCCCAUGGCCAACUUAGACUUGCGUGGAUCAUGCAGGAGGUAUUCGGCCAACGACUGCUUAGCAGGGCCAUCCGCGAAAAAGGCCACCUCGAACAAGAAGGAUCAGGCAAUCACGUCACUCUUGCAGAGCUCAAAAACAAGAUUGUCGUCAUUGUGGAAUACCAUCUGCCUAACGAAGAAGACAGCAGUAGCGACAGCGACAGCUCUGAGGACGAGGAGGCAAAGAAAGCGCAUCAACUGUACAACCAGCAGAAACAAGAAUGCCCUCAAGGCGUCAUCAUCCCUGAGCUUGCCGAGCUUGGCGUGUACGCUCAGUCUGUGAAGCCGGUGAACAACUCAUGGUUUGAGGCGAACCUUGAGAACGCACCGCAUCACCAGCUCAUCAACGUUUCGGAGUCAGGGCUUAAGAAGCAUCUUCCAGGAAACAGUCCCAAGAUUGCGCGACACAAUGCCCACCAUCUCAUGCGUGUCUACCCAAAAGGUACCCGCAUCUCUUCGAAAAAUCUCCAACCAGCGCCUUUCUGGGGCAUCGGCGCACAGAUCUGUGCCUUGAACUGGCAGACUUUUGGCGCCAGCAUGCAACUCAAUGAAGCCCUUUUCGCUAGUUCAGGCGGCUAUGUCCUGAAGCCUCCAGCUCUACGCGCUGGCGGCAACGGCAACAUCUUGACCGGUAGACGCAAAAAGCUCCAUCUACACGUUGCCGGCGCCACCGACGUCCCUCUACCAGACGACCGUGAACAUGGCGACGUAAAGCCGUAUCUUUCCUGUACACUCAUACACCCCAAUGAUUUAAACAACAUGCCGCCCAAGCGCAAGACCGCUGGUUACAAACCUUCCAAGAUGGCCAGCUUGAUGCACAAAGCGACAUCGCCUGCCAAUGAUCCAGUCUGGAAUGAAGUGCUUGACUGGGAAUACGAGGAUAGCGAAAUGGUAUUUUUGAGGCUACUCAUCAAAAGCGAUGAUAGCUUUGCUCGCAACCCUGUCUUUGCCGUGGCAGCUAUAAGGCUGAUGUACGCUGUGCCCGGGUGGAGCUUCAUUCGCAUGCUGGACCUGGGUGGUCAUGAGACUACUUGCACGUUACUUGUCAAGUUCCGUUUCGAGGACAUGUAG